AUGAGAGCUGAGAAAGCAGAGAAAUCACUGGCAGAGAAAAUGGAUAAAAUCGACUUUUUACAGAAACAUUUCAAGGAAUCGGAUACGAAGAACAAGAAGAUGAUUGCAACACUGAAAGAUGAAUUUAAAGCAAAAGAUCGGGAUUUCAAGAAGAACGAAUCUGAACUGAUUCGCGCAAAGGAAAAGAUGUCUGCCCUUGAAGAAAAAAUAACCACAAUGAAAUCUGACUUCAAAGCCAAGGAAGCUAAAACACAGGAAGUCCAGGACAAUAAAACCCAGAUUUUCGAGGAAAAAAUAAACGAUCUGCGAACCCGAUUAAAGUCCAAAGAUGAUGACUACAACGAACUUUCCAAAUCCUUGAAAAUGGAAAAAAAUGAAAAUGAGUUAAAAUGUCAGGAAAUUGAAUCCUUGAUGAAGAUAAAGGAAGAGCAAAGUCUUGAACUCCAAUUAACAAAGAAUAAUCAUAUUCAGUAUCUGAAGGAACUAGAUCGGGAGGUCCAGCUCAAGGAGGAGAAGUUUACAGAGCAUAUUUCAACCUUGAACCAAACCGUGUGUUGUAAGGACGUAAAGCUGAGAGAAUAUCAGGAGAAGCUAGAACUAUCUCAGGCUGAUGGUAUUCAACUAAACUCUCAACUAAAAAUAUUAAAUUCUCAACUGGAAGAACUGGAGGCCAAUAAACUUGAAUUAAACUCUAAAAUUGAGAGUUUGGUUUCUGUUAUUUCGGAGAGAAAUGAAACCAUUUCCAACCUUGGAGAAAAUAUCGAACAUAAAACUAAGGAAAUUGCUGUAAGAGAUAAAAAUCUUGAAGAUGCCGAGGAAAAGAAUAAAAAUCUGAAAAACGAGGUUUCCCGUCUUAAGGUUGAAUUGGCAGUGGAGAAGGAAAAUCAUAUCAAGAAUAUAAAUGAGAAAGAUGAAACUAUCAUGAACCGAGACAACAAGAUAUCAGAGCUAACGGAGUCCUUAAACCAGGCCCAGGAUACAAUCUCUAAACAAACCAUAGAUAUUGAACAACUGAAUGCUACCCUCCAGUCUAAAGAUGCUUGUAUUGCCAGUUUGGAACAAAAUAUUUCUGAUUUGAAAACUAACCUUCAGGAGACUAUUGAUAAAUACAACCUGGAGAUAUCUGAUCGACGAACAGAAAUCCAAGAUCUGAAAUUGAAAAUCUCAAAUUUAGAAAAGGAUAAAUUGAACCUGAACUCAACUAUCACUGAACUAGAGAAACUGGUUCAAGAGUUGAGAGAAAGAUUAGAAUCCCUUGAACUAGAAUUAAAGGAACGAACGAAAGAGUUUGAAGAUAAAGAAUCUGAAUUAAACUGGGUUUAUCAACAGAAACUAGAACAUGCUUCAGGAGAGACCCAGGAGAAGGUUGAGAUCUUGAAGGAGCAGGAGGAGAAGAUGACCAAGCUACAACUAGAUCUUUUAUCUGCAAUCAAGAGCGGAGAGGAGAAAGAUCUGGAGAUUUUUAAGAAAGGCGAUGAUAUUCGUAAGCUAGAGAGUAACCUGGAGGUCUCAUUAUCUGCAAUAUCUACCAAGGAUAAGGAGUUACAACACAAACAUGCAGAACUUGAAACCUUAAACUCUAGACUGCAGAGAACCUGCCAGGAUCUUAAUAUUCAAGAAAACAAGUUAAAGGAGCGAACCCUGGAGUUGGAGUGUGUAACCAAGGACCUGGAGAACCUGCAGGAAGAAGGGUCCAGGAAGGAGAAGGAGUUGAACAACCUUCACACCAUGCUACAGGAGGCGGAGAGGGUUAAUACAGAGAAGACAAUAUCUCUUACUAAACUAGAAUCUGAGUUGUCAGGGUUAAAGAGAGAGGUUGAAAUAUCCCAACGUGAAACUGAGGACCGAAGUAUGCAGUUGAAGGAGACUAUGGAGAAACUUAAAACUGUCCGAGGCACUCUACAGGACGCAACAGAGGUUAAUACAUACAAGGCCAAGGAACUUAAAGAAAAGGAAAUGGAGUUAAAACGCUUAGGAGAAACUCUCAAAGCUUCUCAGGAGGAGAACGAGGAAAGAAAGAAAUUACUUGAGGUGAAAGAGAAACUUCUAGAGGAAACCUUGAAGAAUCUGGAGAUUUCUGACAAGGAUUCACAAGAGAAAGCAAAUAAACUGGAGGAGAAAGCUGUUGAGCUGGAGAGAUUGAAGGAGAGACUUGAGAAGGCUCACGGUGACAUCAAAACCCGAGAUGCAGAGAUCGAUCAAAAAGAAGGUUCCAUCAGAGGACUGCAAACUGAAAUCAAGAUUGCAAAAGAGGAAAUAACAGCAAAGACAUCACUUUUAAUGAAUAAAUCUGAAGAACUGGAGAGGAUUAGUUUAAAACUACAGAAAACUAACGAGGAGUUGACCCAGGUGACAGAGGAUCUUCAGGUGAAGAAUCAUGAUUUCGAGAAUAAGGUUGAGGAGUUAAAGAUUAAAGAAGAGGAACUGUAUCAUCUCCAACAGCUUCUGGAUUCUGCAGAACAGUAUAAUAAACAGAAAGAAGAAGAAUUAUCUGAGAGGUCGGAGCAGCUUAAAGGUAUAACUGAGGAGUUAAACAGGACAAAUCUGAACCUGAAGGAGAGGGAGGUUAUAUUGAAAUCCCUGCAACUAGAGCUAGAUAUGAUCAAAGCUAAACUUAACGAUGCACAGUCAGAGAACAGUUCUAAAGAAGGAAACAUUGUUAAGACAAAGGAAGAAUUGAAUCAUUUCAAAACUAAACUAUCAGAAGCAGAGCAGGAGAUAUUGGAGAAGGAAAAACUGUUAAAGGAUCAGGAAAAUCUUCUCAGUGAGUCUAAAUUAUCCUUAGAAGAGGCCCAUAAAGAAAUCAAGAGAAAAGACACUCAACUUCAACUACGAAUUGAGGAGUUAAACACGAUCAAAUUAAACUAUGACAAUGCUAGAGAAGAAAUAUCAAGGAAAGAGUUGGAUAUACAAGAUCGAGAUGAAAAAUUGAUCCUAAUAGGACAGCAGCUCAUACAAGCACAAGAGGAGAACUCUAGUAAAGAAGAAACUCUUCAAGAAAAAGAAAAAAUGUUAAGUGUAACACAAGAUCAACUCCAUUCAGCUAAAACCGACCUGGUGGCAAAAGAAACCCAGCUAAAAUCUCUCGAGGAAGAAUUGGAGAAAAGAAACCAAGAGAUCCAAGAGGUUCAGGAUGAACUUGAGAGAACAACUAAGGAGUUUGAGAAAACCGAAGAGGAACUGGAGAAGUUGAGAGAGGAGAAGGAUAGUAUCCAGGUAGCAGAUGGAGCUCCGGGUCUUAAUAAAUGCGAAAAGGAUGGGUGUACAAUGUGUCCGUAUAUUUCUCCAGCUGUUGAAGCGAAAUCAACAGUCACAGGCCAGUCUGUUCGAAUCAACUGUCACGUGGACUGCAACACCCGACAUCUUGUUUAUCUAAUCACGUGCACAAAAUGCAAGAAACAGCUGGUAGGGCACACACAGCGCAGCUUAUCAGAAGCUUUCUCAGAGCAUCUUAACAUUGUUAACAACAGGAUCACAAACCAACCGACCGGUCGACAUUUCACUCUUCCAGGACAUAAUCCCGGGCAUAUGAGCAUCAUACCCAUUGAGAAGGUGUUUAACAAGAGCAAGGACAGUUUAAAGCAGAGAGAGAGCGAAUGGAUCAAGGAGUUUGGAACCCUGGUUCCAAGAGGGAUGAAUAUCAAACCUUAAAUGGAUGGAUUGGGAUAAAUUAUAAUCAAAACAAUUGCAACACGAUAAAAAGAAAAAUAUGUUGAUAAUAAUCAGGACUAUCCUAGAUAGAAAUUAAAUCAAAUAAAUUUUCCAGAGGUGUUAA